ACACCGCACGAGAUUGAAUGUGGAGCGAUACAAACAAGCGCGGAACAGACAAAACUCGGUUUUCCGAAGGAAGAAGCGUCAGCAGGAAGACCGAGAUCGCGAGGCGAUGGAAAAUCUGUACCGCGUAAACGACACACGGAAGUUCUACGAGAAGCUAAAUAGUUCGCGCAAAGGCUACGUGCCGCAAGCCGAUAUGUGCAAGGACUUGGACGGUAACCUUCUCACGAACGAGUGUGAGGUGAUUGAGAGGUGGAAGCAGUACUAUGACGAGCACCUCAACGGUGAAGCAGCAGAAAACGAAGGUGGCACGGCAACAGACCUUGGAGCACGCGCAGAAGACGACAGGCUACCGGCCCCUGAUCUUCAAGAAGUUGAGGAGGAGAUCGGUCGGCUGAAAAACAACAAAGCAACUGGUGUAGAUCAACUACCAAGUGAGCUAUUGAAAUACGGUGGUGAAGCACUGGCUAGAGCGCUGCACUGGGUAAUUGCCAAGAUUUGGGAGGAGGAGAUAUCACCGGAGGAGUGGAUGGAAGGUGUCGUAUGCCCAAUCUACAAAAAGGGCGACAAGUUGGAUUGCUGCAACUACCGCGUGAUCACACUGCUGAGCGCCGCCUACAAGGUACUCUCCCAAAUUCUAUGCCGCCGUCUGUCACCAUAUGCAAGAGAGUUCGUGGGGCAAUACCAGGCGGGAUUCAUGGGUGCCCGCGCUACCACGGACCAAAUUUUCGCGAUUCGGCAGGUUCUGCAGAAAUGCCGCGAAUACAACGUGCCCACACAUCAUUUGUUCAUCGAUUUCAAAUCCACAUACGACACAAUCGAUCGAGAUCAGCUAUGGCAGAUUAUGCACGAGUACGGAUUUCCGGAUAAACUGACGCGAUUGGUCAAGGCGACGAUGGAUCGAGUGAUGUGCGUUGUUCGAGUAUCGGGGACACUCUCGAGUCCCUUUGAAUCUCGAAGGGGGUUACGGCAGUGUGGUCAGAAGAGCUGGGAUAGACACGAAUGGCACGAUAUUCAGGAAGUCCAUCCAGCUCCUUGGUUUCGCCGAUGACAUUGACAUUAUGGCACGGAACUUUGAGAUGAUGGCGGAAACGUACAUCAGACUGAAGGCUGAAGCUAGACGGAUUGGACUUGCCAUCAACGCAUCAAAGACAAAAUACAUGAAAGCAAGAGGUUCUAGGGAAGACAAUGUUAGCCUCCCACCCCGAGUUCAGAUUGACGGUGACGAAAUCGAGGUGGUCGAUGAGUUCGUGUAUUUGGGCUCACUGGUGACCGCCGAAAAUGAUACCAGCAGAGAAAUUCAAAGACGCAUUAUGGCAGAGAAUCGUGCCUACUUUGGACUCCGGAGGACGCUCCGGUCGAAUAAAAUUCGCCGCCGCACGAAGUUGACUGUCUACAAGACGCUGAUUAGACCGGUGGUCCUUUACGGCCACGAGACCUGGACUAUGCUCGUGGAGGACCAACGCGCCCUUGGUGUUUUCGAACGGAAGGUGUUGCGUACCAUCUACGGUGGAGUGCAGAUGGAUGACGGAACGUGGAGGAGGCGAAUGAACCACGAAUUGCACCAGCUGCUGGGAGAACCAUCCAUCGUCCACAUUACAAAAAUUGGGCGACUACGGUGGGCUGGGCACGUCGUAAGAAUGCCGCACGACGACCCAGUGAAAAUGGUUCUAGAAAGCGACCCAACAGGAACAAGAAGAAGAGGCGCGCAGCGGGCAAGGUGGAUCGACCAAGUAGAAGGUGACCUGCGGACCCUUCGCAGACUACGAGGCUGGCGAACUGUGGCCAUGGAUCGAGUAGA